UCUGGUGCAUCUGGACUAUCAAUUCUGCAAGUUGCCAAAACGCGGUCUCGGCGGCGGCGGCGCGUCUUCGCUGUGCGGUCGGUGACUUUUUGUGCUGUGACCCUUCUCGGAUUCGACCCUUCUUUGGAUUGUCAAUUAGGACAAAAUGAUUCCGGAAUUAGUCAAGCUACUCGCCUUACUGUACCUUUCAGGUGUGCUUCCCACAGGCCUUUGUGUGCCGCCGCUAUUUCUGUCACCGAUGAAGCCAGAGGUGGUCAAGUACGUCAACGAGACCUACAUUGUUUCGUGCCAGAGCGACAAGGGUUCCAACGUGCACUGGACCAGGCCCUCUGGAGAACGGAUUAGCCAGAACAAGGGAAGAAUCCAUGUAGAAGAUCGAUGGACGGUGAAAGGAGUCAAUUUGAUAUUCGAGGGCAUUGAGAAGAAAGACCGGGGCAAUUACACCUGCAUUGCGAAUGUGGAUGGCGCAGAGGUGACCCAGAGCUUCAAACUAGUGGUCAUCAAGCCAAUUUCAUUUCUGGACACCCCAACCCUGCAAAAUGCAACCGAGCACCAAGACGCGCUAAUCAGAUGCGAAGUGGAGGGCGACCCUGAGCCCAAAGUGACUUGGCAAGUCAAAGGAAAGCACCCGCAAGGACCGAGGCACAAAGUGAUGGCCGAUGGUUUGUUGAUCAAGAACGUGAGUUUGGCCGACCGAGGCGAGUACCUGUGCCGGGCGUUCCAGGCCUCCUCCAUCGCGAGCAACAUGGCAGAGCAGAUUAUCACUCUCAAAGUGCACCACAAGCCUCACUGGCCUCACGAUCAGUCCAUUCGCGACAGGGCGUACGGUUUCAUGUCCGGGGCAGUAAACCUGAGCUGCGACGCGCUGGCCGAUCCCGAAGCAGAGUUUGAAUGGAUAAAGGACAACCGGCGAAUCGGCUCUCACAACAAGCAUGCCAAGUUGUUCCGGGAACCGCAGCGCAGUGUUCUUCAACUCACUGUGACCAACCACAGCGUGUUUGGCGAGUACAUUUGCCGAGCCAGCAACGCCUUGGGUUAUGUGGAGAGGGUUGUGGUGCUGCACGAGGGCGCUCAACCGUCCACACCCGAGAUGCAUGUGCGCGCCGCCAUGCAUGACGCUUUAGUGGUCGAGCUGAUUGAAGUGAACAACGAGCUGCCCUUCAAGAAAGGUCCGCCGACCCUCGACGUUACGUCCUUCAGGGUGCAGGUCAAGCGAAAGGAGGAAAAGGACUGGCUACAUGCUAAUACUUUUGAUUUCAACGCAGAAACUGGACCCAUGUACACAAUUCAAGGCCUGCAACCCGACUCUGUCUACACAAUCAGGGCGGCGGCGAUCAACGCAGCAGGUAUUGGCCACUACGGAAAAGAGCAAAACUACAGGACCAAAGUGAUGGCUGAAGCAUCAAGCAUGGAAGAGGAAACCUCCGGAGCCCCCCUUUCAACGAUUUCCUUGCUCUGCCUCUACAUCAGCGCCUUCUUCCUCAGUCAAUGUUAAUGAACGUGCAAACCUUUCUUUAGUUUUUAUUCAUUUUAUCACAAAUAUCGUUUCAAUCUGUGUAUGUGUUUAUUUUUUAAACACCCUCAUCUCACAUUUCACUCCGAUACAGUUUCCGUCUGUACAUAUAAUACGAUUUUCACACCGAGUAUUAAUUUUAAGGAAAACAAUGAAUGCUCACCCAGCGUUGAAAUUACAUUUUAAUGUUUUAAUUUCAGACUUGCCUCCACUUCUCCGUGGUUUAUAAAAUACUCAUAAUUGAUUGUGCAGCUUGAAAUUAAUCCAUUUUUAGCUAAAAUUGUUGCGCCACCUCCAUUAUUUUUCACACAUGUUAACAAUUUAUAAAAACAAAAAAGAUUUCGUGACCAGAGACUUAUUUGUUGGCAUAUUAUUUUGUAAUCGCCACUUCUCAAGAAAGUUGUACAUUCCAGCAAUCUAAAAACUGUAAAUAAAACUCUAUAGCAAGUGACGCAAAUGGUCUUAAACAGAGGCGUAAAAAUUUCAAUAAAGUCCGCAAUUAAAUAGUAUAACUCUGCUUGCGUUCUGUGUGCAUAAAGAAGAAAAAUGUUAGGAGCAGUGCAUGAAUGUAAAAUGAUCCGUAAACCUAUUUCAAAUUGGAAGUCAAGCAGAAAAAAAGAAAAAAAUUGCUUUUCCGAGAAAAAGGAUGCCAAACUUAAAGUUAUGAUUAACUAAUAUAAACGUAAGCAAAGCCUGUAAGCAUCUGAACGCUCAUAUUGUACGGAAAAAAAUGCAACUGAUAAAUAGUUUGGCAUCUACACGCAAUUAAUUACUACAGUCUAUCUUUUGCCAGGGAGAGCUAUGGUCAGCGAUUAAAAAUGUGGUGGGUGCCAACCGAGAACAUGACGAAGAUUGAUGACAAAUUUGUACAAUUAAAGCAAAUUAUUGUAAGCGUGAGAUUUUGAAGAAGAAAAAAACAACAUAACAAUAAAAAAUUCAUGAGAGUUCUC